AUGACGGAGAAGUUUGACAAAAAAGACGAGUCUCAGAGCGAAGUUUCGCAGAACUUGCUGGCGCAUCUUUCCAACGAUGUUGAGCUAUACCACAAACGUGUGCAGCUGAAAAGACAGCUCAAAGAGCAAUUGGGUAAGGACGAGAAAAAGCCAAAGGAGAACGCGUCUUCUACACAGGAGACUCAGGAACAGUUGCCAGAGCCAGAAACCACGAGUGAGUUUGGCGUCAAUAUCCCGGAUCAGGUAGAGGAAAGUCCUAUCCCUUCGUUUUUCUCGAUGGAUAAGGAGACACCUGUGCGAUCACGUGCGUGGACCAAGGCAGAAGAUGAUGCUAUAAUAUAUUAUAAAGAGGAGAUGAAAUAUUCGUGGAAAGAGAUCGAGAAGAUCCUGAAAAAUAGACAUUCGUGGCAGGCGAUCCAGAUGAGAUACCUGCGGAACCACAAGUCCAAGAGCGACUCUUGGUCGCGAUUCAUGGAAUUGCGAUUAAUUAAUGCGAUCCGCAAAGAUUGGGAAGGUCGUUGGAAGCGGAUCAGCAAGGAUUUGGGCAACGAUUUGACUGUGGAUCGAUGUUUGAUGAAAAACGUGGAGCUGUGCAAAAAGAUGGACGACCCGAUUUUCGGCAAGAUCUUUUCCAACAAGGAAAUCACCCAAGGAUACAGCAAUCCCAACAGUGACAUCAAGGACGAGGAUAGUCACAGAAAGUUGAUGCUGGUGUAUAUGGGGCUCGACUCGAUCAGCUACGAGUCAGAUGAAGGAGAACACAACGGAGAAGAGAAUGGAGAUUGA